AUGAGGAUGCAAAAAUGGAUUGAUAAACCCUAUGUGGUUGAAUCCUCAGAUUUUGAAGACGGUGAUGAGCGUGAUGGUAAAGAAGACACUGAUGAAGUCGCUAAUAAAGACAAUGGUGAUGAUAAUUAUAAACAAGGUACUCUUAGUAUAGAAGGGGCUGACAAAGAAGAAGACUUUGAUAAACAUGAAGAAAGAUCAGUCACUGAUAAUGGAGAACACUUUGCUCAGGGAAUGAAUUCUCCUCCAAGAAUGAACAAGCACAUUCGAUUUUCACCUACUUCUUCAUCCACUCCUUCUGCAGAUGUUAUUGUACAACAUGGAUCAACCUCUCAUUUUGUGGAAACUGUUGAACCAAUGAUAAAAUAUGAGUUAACAUCUCCUUCUCCUUAA